UGUCGUAAGAGCUCGCGGCGGGGUAGGCAGAGCUGGGAGCAGCCCCCCUGUUAAGUAGCAGAUUGUGUGGAGACUCUUCCCACUUGGAAGGAGGCUCGCCGACGCGUCUGGGAAGCAGAAAUCCGCGGAGCGCCCUGACUUCAACUCCGUACCACCUCACUCUCCCUUGUGUCGGGCUGGGGGUCUACAGCGAAACCUUUAUCCUUUUAAUUUUUUUUCUUUUUGAGCAAAACUAAAAUUCAGCCAGCCAUCUCUAUAGUUUCAUUCAUGCACUGCUGAGACCAGCGGAGCUGAAGAUGAAGAGCAGGCUCUCUCUGGCAGCGGUUGCUGCCGUCCUGGCACUGCUGCUGUCCUCCUCUCAGGCCCAGGAGCAAGUGGACUCUCCAUCAGACUUAAGAUUUAAGAUUUUAAGUGAGAACUCAGUGGAAAUGAUGUGGAGGAGACCACGGUCGAGGAUACAGGGUUACAGAAUAGAAGUGACCUCAGACACAGAAGAACCAACAAAAGAAUUUACUCUGCCUGCAUCUGCCACUAAGACCUCCAUUUCAGACCUGACUCCAGAUGUGGAUUAUGUCGUAACGAUAACUGCAUAUUCUGGAUCAGAGCAGAGUCUGCCCAUCUCCGGCCAGAUCACACUUGAAUCUAGUGGAAGCACAAGAGGAACUUCCAGGAAACCAGACUCUUCAGAUUCAGCCAGAUGCUCUGCCAGCGUCAUCGGCGAUGUGGUGUUCUUGGUGGACGGCUCCUGGAGCGUGGGCAGGCCAAACUUCAAAUACAUACGCUCCUUCAUCUCUGCGGCUGCCGGAGCCUUUCAUAUCGGCGAGGAAAAAACCCGGGUAGGCGUGGUCCAGUACAGUGAUGACGCCAGGACUGAGUUCAACCUGAACGAACACCAGACCAGACCGGCGCUUCUGCGGGCCAUCGGCUCAAUGCCGUACAAAGGAGGCAACACGAACACAGGUGACGCUCUGGACUACGUUUUGAGAAAUGUUUUCAGUGAGGCGUCCGGCGCCAGAAACAGUCUCCCCAAAGUGCUGGUGAUCAUCACAGAUGGCAAAUCUGAGGAUCCAGUGGCGAGCUAUGCCAAGCAGCUCCGGAGCACGGGGGUGGAGAUCUUUGUCCUCGGUAUCCAACAGGCAGAUGAAGAGGAGAUGAGGCUAAUGGCCUCUACCCCUUACAGCAGUCACAUCUACAGUGUGGCCACCUUCGACAUGAUAAAGAACGUGCAAAAACAGCUCAUUACUCGGAUGUGCGCUGGUGUAGAAGAUCAGCUCAAUGUGGUAGUCAGUGGAGACGAAUUUGUUGAGCCAGCCUACAAUCUCCAGGUCCAGGAGGUAAUCUCAAAGUCCAUGCGGUUGAUGUGGGACCCCUCUAUUGGAGAUGUUUCCGGAUACAAGAUUCAGCUGAUCCCCAUGAUGGCUGGCAGCAUGCGUCAGGAACUGUAUGUGGGCGCAGGCCAGACCUCGGUGGUAGUCCGAGGUCUCUCGGCAGAUACAGAGUACCAAAUCGUUCUGUUUGCCUUGAAGGGAUUGACACCCAGCGAGCCCAUCACGGCCAUGCAGAAGACUCUGCCAGUUAGAGUUUCACUGGAAUGUUCCCUUGGUGUGGAUGUGCAGGCUGAUGUUGUCCUUCUGGUUGAUGGAUCCUAUAGCAUUGGUCUGGCAAAUUUUGCCAAAGUAAAAGCAUUCCUAGAGGUGUUGGUCAAUACUUUUGACAUUGGGCCUGACAAAGUUCAGAUCAGCUUGGUCCAGUACAGCAGGGAUCCUCACCCUGAGUUCUACCUGAACACUCACCACGAUCUAAAUGCCGUGGUCAAGGCUGUGCGAAAUUUCCCAUACCGUGGCGGCUCCACCAACACCGGCAGGGCCAUGACUUAUGUCAAGGAGAAGAUAUUCCAGGCUGCCAGAGGAGCGCGUGCCAAUGUUCCUCGUGUCACCAUCCUCAUCACUGAUGGAAAGUCAUCCGAUGCCUUCCAAGAGCCGGCCACCAGGCUGAGAAAUGCUGAUGUGGAGAUUUUUGCUGUGGGUGUUAAGGAUGCUGUGCGAAGUGAGCUUGAGGCCAUUGCUAAUCCACCUGCAGAGACCCAUGUGUACACUGUAGAAGACUUUGAUGCCUUCCAGAGGAUUUCCAAAGAACUCAUUCAGUCCAUCUGCCUCCGGAUUGAACAGGAACUCCGCAACAUCCUCCAGAGACAACUGAUCUCGCCAAAGGACCUGACCUUCUCAGAGAUCGGCUCCAGAAGCUUUAGGACCUCAUGGAAGACGGACGCCACCAAUGUUGAGUCCUACCUGGUUCAGUUCAGGCCGGCAGAUGACCCCGACGGGCAUUUUGUGUCCAUGUCUGUGCCCGGAGACUCCCUCACUGCCUUCCUGCCCUACCUCAACCCUUACACUCGCUACGAAGUCAACAUCUACGCCCACUACGAGAAAGGGGAAAGCUUGCCUGUGACUGGCUAUCAGACCACGCUAGAAGAACAAGGCCCAGUUAGCAACCUCAGAGUAUCUGAAGAGACAACAGACAGCUUCAGAGUGUCAUGGCUAGCAGCUCCCGGACCAGUCAUUCGCUACCGACUCAACUAUGAACCGGUUGACGAUGAGAGCCGGAGGAUGGAGACGACCACCACUGGCAGGGAGAUAACCACCGUGCUCCACGAGCUUCGGCCUCAAACCACCUACCGCGUCACCGUCACUCCCGAAUAUCCGUCCGGCCCCGGAACGCCGCUACAGACUGUGGGCACUACCAAAGAAGAGGGGGGUCCUCCUAAAAACCUGGUCACCAGCGAUGUAACUGACACCAGUUUCGUGGCGUCUUGGACAGCGGCGCCUGGGAAUGUGAAUACGUAUCGUGUUCAGUGGAAGUCGAUGUUUUCCCAGGAGAUCCAAGAAAAAACGGUGCCAGGAGAUGAAACCAGCACCGUGCUGGAAGGUCUGACUCCAGAGACACUUUACCAAGUCUCUGUGGUCGCUGCCUACCGCCACAAAGAGAGCGAGCCACUCACGGGAUCAGAAAUCACAGAUGCCUCUGCUGAUGGGAAAAGACUGAGAGUGUCAGACGAGACAGAGAAAACCAUGAGAGUCACGUGGACGCCAGCGCCGGGCAACUUGCUCAACUACCGGCUGAAGUACGUUCCCCACAAUGGAGGCAAAGAAGUGGUCCAGAAAAUCCCUGCAAAGGCCACUUCUACCAUCAUGAAGAAUCUGAAGCCCGCGACCACAUACAAUAUCACCGUUCUGCCCAUCUACAAGCGCAGGGAAGGAAAAGCAAGGCAAGGAGUAGGAACGACACUGUCACCGUACAAGAGUCCCAGGAACCUUCUGACCUCAGAGCCCACCAGGACCAGUUUCAGAGUGUCCUGGGAUCCAGCACCUGGGGAAGUCAGGGGCUACAAAGUCACCUUUCACCCCACAGGGAAUGAUAUUGACCUUGAGGAGCUCCUUGUUGGCCCCUAUGAUAACACAGUUGUUCUAGAGGAACUCAGAUCAGGAACAAAGUACUCUGUCGCUGUGUUUGGGAUGUUUGAUGGAGGAGAGAGUUUGCCUCUUGCAGGAGAGGAAAAGACGACUCUCAAGGAUGAACCCGAAUCUCCUCAUGUCACUCUUUCUGACGCUCAGUGUAAGACCACAGCGAAGGCCGACAUCGUGCUGCUGGUCGACGGCUCCUGGAGCAUUGGACGCAUUAACUUCAAAACCAUCCGCAGCUUCAUUGGUCGCAUGGUCAGCGUGUUUGACAUCGGCCCAGAAAGAGUCCAGAUUGGUCUGGCUCAGUACAGCGGUGACCCAAAGACUGAAUGGCACCUGAACGCCCACCCCACCAAAGAAUCCCUGAUGAAUGCUGUUGCCAACCUGCCAUAUAAAGGAGGAAACACCAUGACAGGAAUGGCUCUGAACUUCAUCCUUCAGAACAACUUCAAACCCAACGUGGGGUUGCGUCCAGACUCCCGCAAAAUAGGCGUCCUGAUCACUGACGGAAAAUCCCAGGAUGAAGUCAUCGUAAAUUCACAGAACCUGAGAGACAGCGACAUUGAGCUCUAUGCUAUUGGUGUAAAAAACGCUGAUGAGAAUGAACUGAGGUCCAUCGCCUCUGACCCAGAUGACAUUCACAUGUACAACGUCAACGACUUCAAGUUCCUGCUGGACAUUGUUGACGAACUCUCUGAAAACCUGUGCAACAGCGUUAAGGGCUCAGAUGAUGAGUCAGUGGCGGCGCCCACCAACCUGGUGACCUCGGAGGUGACGCAGAGCUCUUUCCGCGCCACCUGGACUCCACCCGACGGUCCCGUGGACCAAUUCCGCGUCACUUACGUGAUGGCGGCCGGGGGACCCACCGAGGAGGUGCUGGUCGACGGAUCCGUGAACACCUUAGUGCUGCAGAAACUGUCGCAUCUGACCGAAUACAUUGUCAAUGUUUACUCUGUGGUUGGCGAGGUGAACAGCGAGCCUCUGAAGGGCACUGAGACCACAUUGCCGCUGUACACAGUGAAGAACAUGAACGUGUAUGACGAGACCUCAGUCUCCAUGAGGGUCAGCUGGGACGGAGUAGUCAGCGCCACCGGCUACAUGCUGCUGUACAAUUCCAUCAAUGCCUCCGAGCCUCAGCUGGAGAGUGAGCUACGUGUUGGAGAUGUAACCAGUACCCAGUUGGAGCAGCUGAUACCAAACACAGCGUACAACAUCAGAAUUUACGCUGUGUACGGAGAAGCCACCAGCGAGCCUCUGGAGGGCACGGGAGUCACCUUGCCCAGGCCGGCUGCCGGACAACUGAGAAUCAGUGACGUUACUCACAGCACCAUGAAGCUCAACUGGGAUGCUGCUCCUGGACCCGUCCGCAAAUACAUCAUCACCUACAAACCUGAGGAAGGAGAAGUGAAAGAGAUCGAAGUUAAUGGCGACAUUACCACCCUGGUGCUGUCCAGCCUCAUUUCCCAGACAGAAUAUGAUCUAGCUGUCACCCCGAUCUAUGACGACGGUCCCGCGACCCCGAUGCUCGGCAGCGCCAUCACAGAUGUUGUUCCUGCGCCCAAGAACCUGCGGUUCUCUGAGGUGACCCAGUCCUCGUUCAGAGUCACAUGGGAACACGGAGGCCCCGACGUGUCCCUUUACCGUGUUGGCUGGGUUAAAAGGGGGGAGACAGACUUCCAGCAGGAUAUCCUGAAUAGCGACGAAACCUCCCACGUUCUGGAGAAUUUGGAUCCUGACACCGACUACUCUGUCACCGUCACGGCCAUCUACCCAGAUGAGUCAGAGAGCGAAGAUCUGAUGGGAAAUGAACGCACACUGUUAAAGGCGCCAGUGCUUCCUGCGUCGCCCAAAAACCUGAGGGUUUUCAACGCCACCACCACCACACUGACGGCGAAGUGGGAGCCCGCCCCCGGCGCCGUCCAGAAUUACAAGAUCACUUACAGACCAGUCGCUGGAGGCGAUGCCCUCAUAACGCAGGUUGGAGGGAAGAAGACGAGCGUCAUCCUGCAGAAGCUGGAGCCUGACACGCCGUACUCCAUCAGCGUCGCAGCGGUGUAUGCCACCGGCAUCAGCAAAGAUAUCUCCGAAGAAGGAAAAACCAAGCCUCUGGGCGGAGUCAGGAACCUGCAGGUGCUGAACCCAACCAUGACCACCCUGAAUGUGCGCUGGGAGCCCGCCGAGGGCCGAGUGAAGGAGUACAGAGUCAUCUAUGCUCCUGCUGCUGGAGGAGAUGAGAGCAUGGAAACUGUGUCAGCGGGCACAACCACCACCACCCUGCGAGGCCUGCAGCCCGACACUCUCUACACUGUGACCCUGGUGCCGGUUUAUGCUGCAGGAGAUGGAAAGAGGAUGUCUGAAAAUGGAAAGACAAGACCUCUGGGAGGAGUAAAGAACCUGAGGGUGUCUGACCCCACGAUGACCUCUCUGAAUGUGAACUGGGAUGCUGCUGACGGAGCUGUUCGUCUCUACAAGGUCUUCUAUGUACCCAAAGCCGGUGGGGAAGAGCAGAUGGAACAAGUUCCUGCGAGCACCACAAACAUCAUCCUCAGGAACCUGAUGCCCGAUACUCCAUACACGGUGUCAGUGUUACCCGUUUACCCUGCCAGGGAAGGCAAACGCCAGUCUGAGGAUGGAAAGACAUUGCCAUUGAGCGGAGUACGUGGCAUUAGUGUGACCAACCCGACCAUCACCACCCUCACUGUGACCUGGGAUCCUGCUGAUGGCAACGUUCAGGGAUAUAAUAUCAUCUACGUUCCUGUGGAUGGAGGCCUGGAGAUUAAAGAGACCGUGUCUGAGAGUACCACCACAUUCGUCAUGAAUAAACUGCUGCCGGACACCCGCUACACCGUCACCGUGGUCCCCGUCUACGCCGAGGGAGACGGACCAAGCCUGUCUGAGACUGGCAAGACAAAGCCACUGGGCUUUGUGAGGAACCUGCAGGUGACCGAUCCCACCACCAGCACCUUGAACGUUCGCUGGCUGCCACCGGAAGGGAAUGUGCGCGAGUACAUCGUAAUCUGGGUGCCCACAGCUGGAGGAGAGCAGGAUGUGGACUCGGUUCCUGGAACCGCCACCAGCACGGUGCUCAAGAACCUGGAUCCAAACACAGAGUACACUGUCACCGUGGUGCCCGUCUACCCCGAGAUGGAGGGAAAGCCCAUGUCCGAAAAUGGGAAGACAAAUCCUUUGGGUGGAGUAAAGAACUUGAAGGUGAUCGACCCAACCAUCAACACUUUGACAGUGCGCUGGGAUCCAGCAGUGGGCAACGUCCGGACCUACAAGGUCUUCUACACGCCCCAACCAGGAGGAGAAGAACGCAUGGAGGAGGUGUCUGGUGGCACCACCACCACCAUCCUGAGGAACCUGGACCCUGACACCGCGUACAAGGUGGCGGUCGUUCCAGUCUACCCAGACGUGGAGGGCAUAAGGCAGGAGGAGAAGGGAAAGACAAAGGCUCUGGGCGGAGUGAAGAAUCUCCAGGUGACCGACCCCACCGUCAACUCACUGAGGGUCCGCUGGGACCCGGCUGAGGGCGACGUCAGACAGUACCAGAUCAUCUACGUCCCCGCCGCUGGAGGACAGGAGAGCGUGACUCAGGUGUCUGGGAUUACGACCAACACAGUGCUGAGAGAGCUGCGUCCAGAUACUGAGUACAAAGUGACACUGGUUCCCAUUUACCCCGACACGGAGGGAAAACGAGCAUCGGAGAACGGGAAGACCAAGGCUCUGGGCGGAGUGAAGAACCUCCAGGUCACUGAUCCCACCACCAGCUCCCUGAAGGUGCGCUGGGAACCGGCGGAGGGCAACGUCCGGCAGUACCGCAUCUUCUACGUGCCCGCGUCCGGAGGCGCCGAGGACAUGGAGCAGGUGUCCGGCGGCACCACCAACACCAUCCUAAGGAACCUGCUAUCAGACACUCCCUACACUGUGACCGUGGUCCCAGUUUACCCCGAAGGAGAAGGUCUCCGCCAGUCAGACAAGGGAAAGACACUUCCACGCAUGCCCCCCAGGAAUAUCAAGGUGUACAAUCCCACCCCCAACACCCUGAAUGUGCGCUGGGAGCCAGCCACGGGCCAGGUUCAGCAGUACCGGGUGGCUUACGCCCCCCUGACCGGUGCAAGCCCAUCUGAGUCGCUCCUGGUUUCAGGAAGUAUUAACAACGCCUUCCUGGACAACUUGAUACCGGAUACUCCCUACUCCAUCACUGUCACCGCUCUGUACGCCGACGGCGAGGGAUCAGCGGUGAAGGACAAUGGCAAAACAUUACCCCGUGCUGGUCCCAGGAACAUGCGUGUGUUUGACGCCACCACAAGCACCUUGACCAUCGGCUGGGAUCACGCUGAAGGGCCCGUAAGACAGUACAAGAUCUCCUACGCACCCAUGACUGGAGACCCCAUCACAGAGUCCACUCUGGUUUUAGGAAACAGAAACAAUGCCAUGCUUCAGAAUCUGCUCCCAGACACCCCAUACAACAUCACUGUGGAGGCCAUCUACGCCGAGGGGCCUGGAGGAUCCCUCAACGGGAACGGACGUACAAUCGGCAUGUUGAGUCCCAGAAACCUUCGGAUCUCGGACGAGUGGUACACGCGCUUCAGGGUGGCCUGGGACCCGGUGACUGCACCCAUCCAGGGAUACCGGCUGAUCUACACCCCUGCAGGCAUGAACCAGCCCAUCGACUUCUUCGUUGGAGACGUGAGCUCUUACACUCUGACCAACCUGCAGCCUGGAACCACCUACGACGUCAAAGUGCUGGCACAGUACACCAGCGGCGUGAGCGCGCCGCUCAUUGGCCAGGGGACGACACUCUACCUGAACGUAACCAACAUUGAGACCUACGCCAUCGGCCACGACAAGUUCUGCAUCAAGUGGACGCCACACAGAGCGGCCACGUCUUACCGCAUUAAACUCAACCCAGCGGACCCAUCCAGUAAAGGACAGCAUGAAAUCACCAUUCCCGCCGGCCUGCCUCAGUACUGCUUCGACGGACUCUCUCCCGAUGCUCUGUACACCGCAACUGUCUUCGUUCAGACGCCAAAUCUGGAAGGCCCAGGAGUCAGCACCAAAGCGAGGACCUUGCAGGAGCCAACUCCAGACCCAACAACCCCGCCUACUCCAACAGCUCCACCCACUAUCCCCCCUGGAUGGGCAGUCUGCAAAGGCGCCAAAGCAGAUGUGGUGUUCCUCAUCGACGGCUCGUGGAGUAUCGGCGAGGAGAGCUUCACCAAGGUGGUGCACUUUGUCUCCGACAUGAUUGCUGCUUUUGAUGUCAUCGGACCCUCAGGGAUGCAGGUGUCAUUUGUGCAGUACAGCGACAACGCUAAGACAGAGUUCCAGCUGAAAGCUUACAAGGACAAAGGCCUCGCCAUGGCCGCGCCUUCUUACAUUCGUUACCGAGGAGGAAACACCAAAACAGGAGAGGCGCUGAAACACACUUAUGAGAAGGCCUUCUCUCUUGAAAACGGGAUGAGGAGAAAUGUCCCCAAGGUGGUGGUAGCCAUCACUGACGGACGCUCUCAGGAUGAGGUGAAGAAGAACGCCGCCAAGCUCCAACACGCAGGUUACAGCGUCUUUGCCAUCGGUGUUGCUGACAUGGAUUUCAUCGAGCUGCAGCAGAUUGGCAGCAAACCCAGCGAGAGACACGUUUUCGUUGUGGACGACUUUGACGCUUUCAACACCAUCAAAGAAAACCUGAUCACCUUCAUCUGCGAAACUGCAACUUCCUCGUGCCCCUUAAUUUUUGUGAAUGGAUUUACUUCACCUGGCUUCAGGAUGCUGGAGGCAUUCAACCUGACGGAGAAGACCUACAGUUACAUCAAAGGCGUCUCCAUGGAACCCGGCUCCUUCAACAGCUACACAGCAUACAGACUUCAUAAGAACGCCUUCCUGACUCAGCCUACUACAGACAUCCACCCUCUUGGUCUUCCCCACGCCUACACCAUCAUCAUGAUGUUCCGCCUCCUGCCUGACACGCCCAAGGAGGCCUUCGACAUCUGGCAGGUGUCGAGCAAAGAUCACAAACCAGAGACCGGCGUCACCCUUGACCAGAAAAGCAGCAAGGAAAUGUGUGAUGUGGAGCAGCUGUGCCUCACUGCUCACUGCUGUGCCUCACCUCUGAUCGCUGACAGAGAAGAGUUUCUGCACAUCCUGGUUUCACCCACCAACGUCCAGCUCAACAUCGACUGCCAGGUAGUGGCGGAGAAGCCGAUCAAGGCCGCUGGAAACAUGUCCAGUGACGGCUACCAGGUCCUGGGCAAGAUGUCCAAAUCCAUCGGCUCCAAAGGAGAAUCGGCAACUUUCCAGCUCCAGAUGUUCGACAUUGUCUGCAACUUGGCCUGGACCAGCCGAGACAGAUGUUGUGACCUCCCAUCGAGGAGAGAUGAGAUGAAGUGUCCGUCUCUUCCUAACGCCUGCACCUGCACCUCGGAGGCCAAUGGGCCGCCAGGACCUCAGGGACCAGUGGGUGCCCCCGGCAGCAAAGGUCCCCGAGGUGAAAGAGGAGAGCCCGGUUCUGCUGGACCGUUGGGCCUGCGGGGAGAAAUUGGACCACCUGGGCCCAUGGGUCUGCCCGGCCCUCAAGGACCGAGCGGGCUGUCGAUUCCAGGAGAAGCUGGCCGUCCUGGACCAAAGGGAGACCCCGGUGAUUCAGGCUUACCUGGGCAGAAAGGUUCUCGUGGUCCUCCUGGUCCUGUUGGCCCAAUGGGACCCGCCGGAGUGAGGGGCCCUCAAGGAAAGGAAGGCCCAGCUGGACCUAGAGGAGCCCCAGGGCCCAUGGGACCUCCAGGAUCUCCUGGAGUACCAGGUACCACAGGAAAACCAGGAAAUCCUGGAGACUCUGGUCCUCCUGGUCCCAAUGGUCCAAAGGGAGACAAGGGAGAGAGAGGCGACUUUGCUCCUCAGAACAUGAUGCGAUCCAUUGCCAGACAGGUUUGCGGACAGUUAGUCCAAGAACAAAUGACUCGGGUCAACUCGUUAUUGAAUCAAAUCCCCAGCAACAUGUACCGCAACAAUAACCCAGGCCCUCCGGGCCCUCCUGGACCUCCUGGCAAUCAGGGACCCCGUGGAGAGCCGGGCGCCACAGGAAGGAACGGAUUCCCCGGAAGUUCCGGAUUGCCCGGCCAGCAGGGAGAGAGAGGUCCCCCAGGAGAGAAAGGCGAUCGAGGAACUUCAGUAGUUGGAGCGAAAGGACCGAGGGGACCUCCAGGUCCAUCAGGAGAGAGCAGGACCGGACCCCCAGGCCCUUCAGGCCCUGCUGGAUCUCGCGGACCUCCUGGACGUCCAGGAUACGCCGGAGUCCGUGGGCCUCCUGGACCUCCUGGAUACUGCGAUUCCUCUCAGUGUGUCGGUAUUCCUUACAAUGGGCAGGGAUACAUAGCAGGCCAAUACCCAUCUGAACCUGACACCCAAGUAGUCCAGUUCCCCGAGGAGGACGGCGAGUUGCAAAACCAGCGUCAAAAGAGAUCACUACCAAGAAAGACAACCAGCAGGCUAACAUCAUAAAGACAAGUAGCGUUUUCUUUAUCCGUUUAAUUUUCUUCACCUUAACCUGUGUUCGUUCAUGAAAUUAUAAAUAAAAAUGGGGUUUGACACCUCAAAUUUAUUGGGUAAUACAUUUCAGUGCCUAAAAAUCUAUGUGAAUAUUCUUUUUUGUGUCAGGCGAAGGGUUUAGACUGAUGAUGUUCGGGGGUGACUGGCACAAUUUUAAAAUAGACAAAAAACAAACUACAAAAACCUGUGAGCUUUCCUUUUCCAUUUGUCUUUUUGCUUGUAACAUAUUUGCAUUGAGUUUGUAUUGACUAGCAGUGUUCAACAGUGCACUCAUGGUAACAAGGCUAGCAAUAGUACAGCAGGAAGGAAAAUGUUCAGUGUCAGGACAUCACAUAUGAAAUGUUUAUUGUUUUGCUUUCACACUUCAUCCAGUAUGUUCAGUAUAACCUUUCUCAUUCAGUUCAUCUUUUAGGAGGUUCAGUUAAACACCGCUUUCAUUUUGUAUCUUUAUAUUUAUCAGUUUUCCUUUAUUCUGUCACAGAUAAUUUUUACCAAAGGUGGAAUUGCAUGUCUGUGGUGUAUAUUUAGUACAUGUUCACUACAUUUCAUCUUGUUUUAAUCAGAAUAUUUGUCAUCGUCAUUGUCAUCGUAUCAAAUGCGGUCAAAACCUGCAUGCAAGACUAUGGAAAUGGUCUUGCUGCUUCAUGUUUUAACUGCAGAUUGUGAAUUCCACAGCCUUAUUUUCUUAUUUAUUUCUGAAAACAGAAGAGGCAUUUUUCAAUAAAACUACUGAAAAUCCACUUUGGUGUGUUCAUUUCAUGUUAAAGGACAGAAGCCAAAAUAAAGCAAGU